GUUUUGCAGGAUUGCGGCGCGUACUGCAUCAUCCGCGCCGUCUGAAGGACGAUACGCUUGCACGUUUUGAGCGCUGCAAAGGACGGUUACGCGCGUGUUUCGUUCGGUGGGAUUUUGGGAUUUGAAUUUGUAAGGAUUUGUGACUUGAUUUAGUGAUGGUGACGUGCAUGGACGGUGGGUGUCGUCUCAGGACCGCCGGUGGUCGAUGAGAAUCAAGCAUCACGGCAUACGGAUGCCGACGGGCCAGCUUGAAGACGACGUCGAUUUCGUAGCAGUUAAGACGCGGUCCAACACUCCUGAAGGGGCCGUCGCCGCUGCAGGCGCAGCGGGGGGCGGCCCCUAUUGGAUUCCCGCAGGGACGCCGGGAACUGGGGCACCAGGGGCACCUACUCACCAUCCCUUAGAAGGAUGUGGUGAAACAGGGUUUAUCAACAGUCAGCCGUCAAUGGCAGAGUUCAUGACCGCUCUACCACAUCUGUCGGCUGAAUUGCCUCCCCACGGUCCUCCCAUGAGUCCCCAACAUACACCUCCGGGAGGAUUUUCGAUGGACGUACCUCAUGGCAUGGGUUCGCCUGGAGUCAACGUUCCAGAGUAUCCGUGGAUGAAGGAAAAGAAAACGACCCGGAAAAAUAGCCAACAAGAGAAUGGACUCCCAAGGAGGCUCCGAACGGCUUACACCAAUACCCAACUUUUAGAGUUAGAAAAAGAGUUUCAUUUCAAUAAGUACCUUUGCCGACCUCGGAGGAUAGAAAUUGCAGCAUCUUUGGAUUUAACGGAACGACAGGUUAAAGUAUGGUUCCAAAAUCGGAGAAUGAAACACAAACGUCAAACGCUUGGUAAGCAAGGAGAAGACGGAGAUGACAAAGAUUCAGUAACGAGCGAAGGUGGAAAAAGCGCCAAACUUUCUGACAAAUUCUUGGAUGACGAAAUGUCGAAGAAAAGUUGUCAAGGUUGCGAAAUGCCAUCUGCUGGUUUAUGUGUUUCCCAUGAAGACAUACCGGAUAUAGCAUCUACAAGGGGUAACAAUAACAACACCCCUAGUGCGACCAACAACAACAGCACUGGUGCGUUUAGCAGCGGCAACUCCACGGGUGCUAGCAGCGUAGGAAGUGCCGGGUCCUUCGACAAACUGUUAGAGGAAGAUUCCCGUUCAAACGAGGAUUGUGGAGGGGGUGGAGGCGGGCCAAGGGUAGCAAAAAGAAGCAGUGGUAGUAGUAACGGACCGAAUACAUCUAAUGUUAAGGUUGAAAGUAAGAGAAAUUCUCCAAAUUCAUGUGAUAGAAAAAUAGCUUUAAGCAAAAUGUCUCCUAGUGGGAUUAGCCAUCAAGAAAACGUUGUGGCGCUUGCUCAGCAAGAUAGCAAUAAUUCCACAAAAAUGUCUCCCAAAAAUUCAUCGAUGCCGAGUACGCCGACAGUACACACUAGCACGAUAGGACUGCCUUCAAAUAUGUUAUACCCUCCACAUCUUCAACGACCGUCCCCAACAACUGCAACUGCAGUGGCAUCGGCGACGGUAACCAUACAGAAUAUUCCGGUAAAUUCAAUACCUCAUUUUGCAACUAGAGGUUCUAAUGGAUCCCACUAUCCCAAUCAGUAUCCCGCGAAUAACCAGAUGGAGUACAGAAAUACCAGCGAUGGGAGAAAUAAGCACUACCAAAUGCACCACCAGAUGUAUUCUGAUGGUAUGUAUAAUCCAGAUCAUCCUACAGUAAAUGACGGUCAACCAUACGUUCGAGCUCAAGGCCACGCCAAUUUACCACAACAAGCACCUACCAGAGAAAUCAGCACCAGAGUAUCUGGCAGAAACUCUCGGCAAAAUUAUCAAACGGGGUACAAUCAGCAUCAAUAUUUUUCUUACAAUAAGGCCCAUGGUGCCGACAAUUAUCCAUUGUCAGCACACAAUAACUAUAAUCAAGGAUAUCAUGGUGAACAUAAUGCGUAUGGUCACUAUGGAUAUGGAGCUGCUGGUACUAACGUAUACGGAAACGAAAAUGUUGAUUCGGUACCAGGGCAUCACAUGUCAAAUGUUCCGGAUACUACCCACUAUUACUCAAACGAUACUCUUCAUCACAUACAAAAAGGGCCCCAAACUCAGAGUCAAGAAUAUCAACAUUCAAACAAGAUGGCAUACUAUGAAAGCUAUCCAUCUCAGCUACCCGUUAAUGGUGAAUCGGCUUACCCCGGCAUGACGCCGGAGAUGUUCACGACAGGAACCGCCCACCCGGCAGGAAUUAUUACACCUCCUUCCAGCGUACCAGCUGAUAACGGUGAUAGUUACAACAGCUUUCACCAAUUCUAUUCGAACGAAACAGGAGGUAACCAAGUGGCCCCUCCAGCCGAAACUAGCAAUAGUUCCUCGGACUUUAACUUUUUGAGUAAUUUGGCAAACGAUUAUACGCCGGAAUACUACCAAAUUUGAUUCAGUGCAAUAGACUUUGACGCAGUUUGUUGAAAAAUGUGUGUUAUUAUUUUCGAUUUGUCAAAUGACAAUUUGUUUCCAAUACCAAUAAAUUGUGUUAUACUGAUUUGUAAAUGCAAGUUACCCCACAGUUGCCGGUUAUGGCAAAUUCGGUGUAUGGCAUACGGCAAAACUAUAAAACUUUUUAUGCUGGAUGUGUGAUGGUGUUAGCUCCUAUUUUUUACUUUUACGUAAAUUCCACUUGAAAUUUUGUUCAAAUCGGCGGAUUUUUAUUUUGAAUUAAUUAUCUUUCUCAAAUUUACUACAUUUAUAUGUUUCCUUUAUCUUGCUGAGUCACUUUUUUCUUUGAGUAUGACGAGUGCUUAAUUUAAUCAUUUUUAAAAUAAACAAAAUUCUAAUCGGAAAAAAUUGGUACCUUUUUCAGGCAAGCUGGAAGUAGUACAGUUACUACAGUUUUAAAGGCUUGCUAAUGAUGGACAAGCUUGAAUUUUUUAAUAUUCAAAACUUUGUAAUAAUUUGGGAGAUAACAACAUCCGUGAUCAUCCAGAAUCAUAACAUUUUUUAACUAUGUAUUAAUAACAUAAAAAUAGCACUGAAAUUCAAUGUCGAUAUUGGAAACAAAUUUGCGAUUAAUCCUUCAUUGUUAAUUAUUUCGUUGUUAAAUUUUGCUUUUAUUAUUGAGUUAUAUCUCGUUAAAAACUAAUGUCUUUUUUUACAUUUAAUGUUAUUAUUGUUACGUACAGUACUUUUCACGGUUUUCGUAGAACCUUUCACGUUAUAAUACAUUUUCAUUAGACAAUCUCAAACAUAACGUUAAUUGAUAUUAACAAUCGUUACUACAAUCAAUUACAUAUUAUACCUACCAAUAUUGCAAAGAAACAUUUCGCCAGAAAGUAUUGUAUAAAUGUUAUAUAAUAUUGAUUACGACGCGGAAAGAUUGUACCAAAACAUGCACCCCUGGCUGAAACCUUCGUCUUAUUUAACUACUCGAAUACAACGAUAAACACUUCUGUUGUGGUAUUAUUUAUUGUCAUGCCUCGACGUGUUUUGGUUGCUGUUCACUGACUAGAUAAUUCGAAAUUUGCACCUCGUGAUGUAAGUAGGGGGUGCUCUUUUGGUACUCUUUCCAAAUUAAAUGUACCAGAUGAUUACGAGACGUUUUUGUUGUGAAAGAAAGCUCUCUAGUUUACUGAACUAAAUACUUGGGCCUAUUUUGAUUCAGGAUUCGAAGCUAAGUUAGAUUAAAUAUAAACAGACCACCUUUAUUUUCCAUUUUGGUUCUCUAAACGACGACGCCUUCUGUGUAUAAAACUCAUUUGGUGCAAUGUAUGUAGCAUGUAUAUGUUGUAAUUUUAGAAAGACUAUUGAUCCGGUAGAUAGGUCGUUGUUAUAUGUAAAUAUUUUUAAAAUGAGUGUAAUGAUUCUGUACGAUGUACAGUACGACUAGCAACCUAUGAUUUAGCAUUUUG